AUGUCUUCCUCAUACAUCAUUCCGGGCACUGUUUUUCUAAUUCUUGGUCAUAUUACAGUAAUAGUGCUUUACAGGCUGUACUUCCACCCUCUAGCCAAGUAUCCAGGAGUACGUCAAAGGCUGACGUACGCUCUUACAGGCCCAACCUUUCGCAUCACUCCUAAUAGUGUCCUGAUCAACACUCCUACCGGCCUAAAGACCAUCUACAACAACAAGGCAAAUGUCAAGAAGACGGAAUACUACAGAGUAUACCCUCGCAAUAUUCACGCUGUGACAACAUGGAAUAGUAUCGAUAAGACUACCCAUGCUCGAAAGAGGCGAGUUAUGAACCAUGCCUUCUCUGAUAAAGCACUGCGCUCCUGCGAACCUUUCAUUCAUUCCAAUAUCGAUCGAUGGAUUGAGUUACUCGAUCAAGAAAUUAGAGAGAAGAAAUGGUCUGGCUCAUUGAAUAUGGCUCGAUGGGCUGAUCAUCUUGUCUUUGAUACCCUAGGCGAGUUAUGUUUCGGUAAAUCCUUUGGCAUGAAGGAACAUGAUAGCGAGUUACGGCAUAUUCCAACGCUCAUGACUGACUUUAUGUCCACUAUUCAUCCGAUUGCCUACUCCCCGUUUGCUUAUCUCUGGGCAUGGCUCAAGCCCAGAGGCCUGGACUAUCUUCUCGCAGCCAUUGCGCCUCCAGCCUUGAGCAAGUGGCAAACGUUUGUCGAGAAAUGCUUUACUGAGAGAGCUCGGCUCGAAAAUGAGGCGCGAGGAGUAUGUAAAUUGGGUACAGAGAGUCGAAAGGAUUUCUUCCACUAUCUCUUCCACGCCAUUGAUCCUGAUACUGGAAAGGGAUACAGUAACGAUGAACUGUUCGGUGAGAGUGAGUCUCUUAUUAUCGCUGGCUCCGAUACGUCCGCCAUAAGUCUCGCUGCUUCUUUCUUCUAUCUUACAAGAUACCCUCAUGUACAAGACAAGCUUGCCAAGGAAUUGAAAUCUACAUUUCCCAGCGUCGACGACAUCAGGGGUGGCGCAGCUCUCUAUUCCUGUCAAUAUCUUCGAGCGUUCAUUGACGAGACAAUGCGCAUGAGCCCUCCUGUUCCGGCUGAUCUUGCUCGAGAGGGUAUGAAAGUCAGCACCGCAUCCUACUGCAUGCAUCACAACCCUGAUAUAUAUCCUGAGCCAUUCAAGUUUCGUCCCGAACGGUGGAUUGUCGAUGAGAAUGAUGAGUGUGGAGUUUCCUCUGCGAGUGUCUGUUUAGCUGAAAGUGCAUUUAUGCCUUUCUCUACAGGCCCUCGAGGAUGUGUUGGGAAGAAUCUGGCCUAUCUGGAGAUGAGCCUAGCUUUGGCAAAGGUUGUGUACCACUUUGAGAUCCGUCGUGAUAACAGCAGCAACCUGGGAGGCGGAAGCCCUGAUGCUAUCAAAGGACGUCGUACUGUUGACCAGUAUCAGUUGGGGGAUAUAUUCGUUGCGAACAGGGACGGGCCCUUGGUACAGCUUACCAAACGAACCUGA